UUCAAAUAUUUUAAAAUUAGAAUGUGAAUUUAUUUUGAAUAUUUUUAAAAGUUUAGAAGUUUUAAACAUAACAUUUUAAACCCAACCAAUUUUAAUUUCCAAACAGUUUUUUUCACCUAUCCCUCAAUUUACUCCUCUAACUUGUUCCCUUUGCCAAUUUUCGUCACCUCUCUGCUGUGCCCCAUCUUCUCCGACAAGCCUACACACCAGAAAACCAGCUAAAGAAAGGACCUACAAGUCCCAAAACCCCCUUCCAUUUCCCUUUACCAUUUCCGUCAAAACACCUCCACGCUCCUACCAUCUUCUUCGACCAACCAACAACCUCAGCCCCUUGCUUCAGCCACCAAACGACAAAACCCCAAAACCCACCUGAAACCGAUACCAGACCCCACUAUUCUCUUCCUCUCUCCGGCAAAAACCAGACCCAAACAUACCUACUUUGGCAAACAGCAGCUCCAAACCGUAACUCCAACAACAAGUUUUUCCUCCGGAAUGGAUAAGCUGUCAUUUGAAGAAAUGACAAUCUUAGUUUUGUUGGAACAACUGGUGCUACUUUGUGGUUGCACAAACAGGCUGGUAAGGAGAGUGCCUAUAUCUUGUCAAGAUCAAUAGUGCCAUGUCUGUGCUGAGGUCAAUAUUGCCAUGUCACAGAGACAGAUUAUUAUUGGCCUUCAAAGGCUGGCGUUCCAUAAAAUAUCUGUCAUUCUCCUCUUUCUGGUGCAAGUUAUACUCAAGUGGAAGUUACAAUGAGGUAUUAUCAAAUGGUGUUGCAAGCAAGAAAAAAGAGUUCGAUUUUGAGCAUUUAUUCCACUCCUGUACCAAAAUCUACAUUUUGAAGUGCCUUCAUGCCCUUCUCAUUGUGUCAGGGAAGGCUCAGAGUAUCUUUAUUGGCACUAGACUUGUGAAUCUUUAUGCUCACUUGGGUGAUGUUUCUUUGUCACAGAAGACUUUCUGCAUGAUAGAGAAUAAAGAUGCUUAUACUUGGAAUUCUAUGAUAUCGUCUUAUGUUCGUAAUGGCCAUUUCUGGGAAUCCCUGAAUUGUUUGAAUGAAAUGUUGUCCACAGCUGAUGUUAAGCCUGACUUUUACACUUUUCCUCCAGUGUUGAAAGCUUGUAAUAGUAUAAUUGAUGGUGUAAGGAUACACUGCUGGGCUUCAAAACUUGGGUUAGAGUGGGAUGUGUUUGUAGCUGCCUCCUUGGUGCAUAUGUAUUGCCGUUUCCAAUCUUCUGGUAUUGCCUUUAGAAUUUUUAAGGACAUGCCUUAUCGAGAUAUGGGUUGUUGGAAUGCUAUGAUAUCUGGGUUUUGUCAGAAUGGAAAUGCUACAGAGGCAUUGAGCUUGUUGGAUGAGAUGAGAUUAGAGGGUAUAAAAAUGGAUACAGUGACUAUUGCAGUAGUACUUCCUACAUGUGCACAGCUUGGUGAUGUUGUGCAUGGAAUGUCAAUUCACUUGUAUGUUAUAAAGCAUGGCCUAGAAUUAGAUGUCUUUGUGUCGAAUGCUUUAAUAAACAUGUAUGCCAGAUUUGGUGAGCUAAGUUAUGCACAAAAAGUAUUUGAUGGUAUGAUGGUAGUGAGAGAUUUAGUAUCAUGGAACUCUUUAAUUGCUGCAUACGAGCAGAAUAAUGUUCCCGAAAAAGCACUGAAGUACUUUCAAGAGAUGAUGAUAAAUGGGGUUCAGCCUGACUUGUUGACAUUGGUGAGCUUAGCUUCUAGUAUUGCUCAAACCAAAAGUUUUCGUUCUUGCAGAUCGGUUCAUGGAUUUGUAUUAAGGAGAUCUUGGAUUCAGGUAGAUGUUAUUAUGGGUAAUGCUGUUGUGGAUAUGUACGCGAAGUUGGGUCUUAUUCAUUGUAGUCGUAAGGUUUUUGACGAGAUCCCUAUUAAGGAUGUAGUGUCAUGGAACUCAAUGAUCACAGGUUAUGCUCAAAAUGGACUUGCAAGUGAGGCUAUUGAAAUUUACAACAUGCUGAAAGAGUGUGACGACAUAGAACCAAACCAAGGAACUUGGGUGAGCAUUUUGCCAGCUUAUGCUCAUCUAGGGGCACUGCAAGAAGGAACAAGGACUCAUGGGCAUGUUUUCAAAGUAGCUCUUAAUUUGGACGUCUUUGUUAGUACGUCCCUCAUUGACCUUUAUGGAAAAUGUGGAAAACUGGAUGAAGCCAUGUUAUUGUUUCAUGAGGUGCCUAGAAUGAGUUCAGUCCCUUGGAAUGCCAUAAUAUCAUGUCAUGGUAUUCAUGGAAAUGGUAGGGUUUCUCUGAAACUGUUUAAUGAUAUGCUGAAUGCAGGUAUUAAACCAGAUCAUGUAACAUUUUUAUCUCUAUUGGCUGCUUGUAGCCAUUCAGGCUUAGUUGAUGAGGGUAAAACUUACUUUCAUAUGAUGGAGCAAGAGUUUGGCAUUAAACCUGGUCUAAAGCACUAUGGCUGCAUGGCUGAUCUGCUUGCCAGGGCUGGGGGCCUAGAAACAGCAUACCAAUUUAUAAAAAACAUGCCUUUGCAACCGGAUGCUUCAGUUUGGGGUGCUCUUCUUGGUGCAUGUAGAGUACAUGGAAAUGUUGAGCUGGGUAAAUUGGCUUCCGAUAAUUUGUUUGAAGUUGAUCCAGAGAAUGUUGGCUACUAUGUAGUGCUGUCCAACAUCUAUGCUAAUUAUGGGAGCUGGGAGGGGGUGAAUGAAGUGAGAUCAUUGGCUAGAGACAAGGGGUUGAAGAAGACUCCAGGAUGGAGCUCAAUUGACCUAAACAAUAAGAUUGAAGUAUUUUAUACAGGAAACCAGUCUCAUCCACAAUGCCACGAGAUAUAUGAGGAAUUAGGUAUUUUAACUGCUAAGAUCAAGACCUUAGGUUAUACUCCAGAUUAUACCUUUGUAUUACAAGAUGUCGAGGAGGACGAGAAGGAACAAAUCCUUACCAGUCAUAGUGAGAGAUUGGCUAUUGCUUAUGGAAUUCUUAGCACUCCUCCUAAAAGUCCUUUACGGAUCUAUAAAAAUUUACGGGUUUGUGGCGACUGCCACAAUGUAACUAAACUAAUUUCUAAGAUUACAGAGAGAGAGAUUAUUGUAAGGGACUCCAAUCGCUUUCAUCACUUCAAGAAUGGUGUUUGUUCAUGUGGGGAUUACUGGUAACAUACGUCCAUAGCUCUGCAGAGAAAUUUAAACCUUUUAAGGUUGGCAUCAUUAUGCUGUAGCUGCUGCAAGAAAUGUAAUUUGUUCUUUUCAAGCUGUUGUACUGUACUGUGAUUGAUGAAUCCUCACAGUCGUUCUUUUUCUGGAAUUCACUCUUCCCUGUUCUUGGUCUGAAAAUAAAGAAAGGAUUUGGCCGAAAAAGAAGCAUGACUACGACCUAUGGAUACCAUGACCAAUCACCAUCAAUAAAGAAGAAUCUUUCUAAAUCACUUCGUGUCUUCAAGAAUCCAAAAUACACUGGGAAUGGAACAGAGAUUUUUACGGAGGCUUGACAAAGGUAUAUGUGUAUAUCAGUUUCUUGGUUGUGCUGGUCGAUCUCAAAAAAUGCUUAUGCUCCAUUUCACCAGUCUAAAAAUGAGAAGUGUCUUAUAAUUGAAUUUGCUGAUUAUUUCAUGUCUCGAAUCUAGGCUUCAACAUCGAUUACCGUCGCAACAGGAAAGCAGAAAAUAUUAUCAGGAACUUUACCAAGUCAUGCUGUAAUUUUUCAUCUUGGCUGGUUCCAUGUUUCGAUCUCUUGUGCAAUGUUAUCAACUGUUCAAGCACGAGACUGGCAGACGGUGAACCAAAAUCAGAGGCUGUGGCCACCCCAGAUGUUCGCCGAAGGUAAAGAUAUUGGAAGAAUUCAAACCUCUGUAAGUGGAGAAGUGUUCUGCUCCCAAGCUGCCACCAGAACAAAUAGGAAAAUGGUGUAUACGAUAGAGAUAUCAGAAUAUCAUUUGUUGCUUUAUGUAUAGCAUGUUUUGCCGUAUUGUUCUACAGAACUGUAUGGUGUGUAUUUGUUAGAUUGUAAGGCCUCGAAAUGAUGGUUGUUGAUCACUUUUCAGUUGAAAUACCAUUGUAGCGACUAUUUUUCAAUUAUAGGAGCUGAGAAGUUCUAUUUGUGAA